UUUAAGGUUACAAAUUACAAUAAAAUUACAAAUUAUUAUUGUUGAUAGUACAUGUCUAAAAAAAAAAUAAUUAAUAAUAAUAUUUAACAAUGAAUUCAAGAGUGUUAAUAAGUGAAAAAGGCAUUGGAUUAAAUGUUGGAAUUUAUCGACUUUUGUUAAAGCAAUGUUAUUCAACAAAAGAUGUAAAUAAAAUUGAUGAUGUUGAUGCUGAUGAGACUCCAAAAUAUCUUGAUUAUAAAACACCUGAAGAACAAGAGGCAUUAUUAAAAAAAAGAAAUAAAUCAAAUUUACGACCACAAGAUCGUAAUAGAAUAAUGGGUGUAAAACCAUAUACAGAAAGUAUGUUAUGGAUUCAUGAUACUGUUCGUUUUAAGCAAAGAACUGUUGGUAGAUAUGGCAUUGAUUCAUUGGAUGUACCAGUUGGUUCAAUUUGGCCAACAAAAGAAGAAAUUGAUGAUAAAAUUGAUUAUGAAAAUACAGGAUAUCCUUUGUCAGUACAAGAACGUUGGAAACUCAUUGAACAACGUCACAAAGAAGCAGAAGAAAAAAUACAAAAAAGAGAAAUGGAAAUUGCAAAAAAUAUGUCAAUGGUUGAUAAAUGGCAAAAAGAUUUAACUGACAAAAUUAAUAAAAAAGAAAGAGAAAUGCUUGCAGCAAAAGAACGUAAAGAACGUCUUGUAGAAGAAGUACGACGACAAUUUGGAUUUAAAAUUGAUCCUCGUGAUGAAAGAUUUAAACAAAUGAUUGAAAUGAAAGAAAAAGAAGAUAAAAAAUUAAAGAAGGCAGCAAAAAAAGAAGAAAGAUCAAAAAAAAUUAUGGCACAAUUGAUGGAACAAUCAAAAAGUGUUACAACAAAAAAAGAAGAACAACCUAAAAGCUCAGAAAAACAACAACAAAAUGAAUAA